GAUUUAGCUCCCGCAGGUCAAAUAAACAUGGGUCAGAAGUCGGAAAAUGAGGUCUCGCUAGAGACUGCAGCCCUCGAGUCUCCAUCGCUAAAAGAGCAACUUGUUAAGAGCCACAGACUGUCCUGGUACUACGCUCCGUCCUUUCUGCUCCUCUGGCUGUGUCUCUUCUUUGCCAUCGUGAUUCCUUUGUACAACAGGCUACCAGAAAGGAUUACGAUCUCAGAGGAAUUGGCAAGACCAGGAGAAUUCGUGGCUGAACGGGCACAAAGUCAGCUCUUUGUGUACGACAGGAUCGGACAAAAAGUAACUGGCGGUUAUGCGAACGAGGUGACAACUGUUGCUUUCCUUUUGAAUGAAGUGGAAAAGAUUAAACAGCAAAUGCUCAGUGAUCUCUAUGAGCUCGAGGUAGAUGUCCAGGCGCCUUCAGGAAGUUUUUCGUUAGGAAGCAUGGUGAGCAUGUACCAAGGAAUACAGAAUGUAGUUGUCAAGUUGAGCACGAAGCAAUCUCAGAGUGAGUCUUACCUUCUGAUCAACAGUCACUUCGACUCAAAGCCAGGUAGUCCUGGUUCUGGCGAUGAUGGCACCAUGGUUGUGGUCAUGUUGGAGGUUCUACGCCAAAUGGCAAUAUCCAAGACACCCUUUGAACAUCCUAUAAUAUUUCUGUUUAAUGGAGCUGAGGAGCUUGGCCUCCAGGCUUCUCAUGGCUUUAUUAUGCACCACAAGAGGGCAGCGAACUGCAAGAUGGUUAUAAACCUAGAGGUUGGUGGCAGCGGGGGACGUGAUCUCUUAUUUCAAAGUGGUCCCAAUAAACCUUGGCUCAUGAAGUAUUAUAAGCUGUAUGCUAAACAUCCAUUUGCUACUACAAUAGGCGAGGAGAUCUUCCAGGAAGGAAUUUUGCCAUCGGACACUGAUUUUCGAAUAUUUCGGGAUUUUGGAAAUGUUCCUGGCUUGGACAUGGCCCAAACUGACAAUGGAUACGUGUACCACACAGCCUUUGAUACUUUCGACGUGGUUCCAGGCAGAUCAAUUCAGAAUACUGGUGACAAUAUUCUAGCCCUUGUUAGGGGCUAUACGAAUGCCAGUGAAUUGUCCGAGGAGAGGAGUGAUGAUGAAGGACACGCUAUUUUCUUUGACUUUCUGGGCCUCUUCUUUGUGUAUUACACAGAAACUACUGGGAUUAUUAUGAACUGCUGCAUUGCAGUGAUCAGUUUGGUUCUGGUGGGAUGUUCCCUCUGGAGAAUGGCUCGGCAGUCGGAGAAGGUCACAAUUCCUCAGAUAUGUCUAUGGUUCCUUAUUAUUCUAGGACUGCAUGUAGUGGGAGUUAUUCUUUGCUUUUGCCUUCCUCUUCUGAUGGCAGUGAUCUUCGAUGCGGGAGAUAGAUCGAUGACUUACUAUUCUAGCAAUUGGCUGGUAUUUGGACUGUACAUUUGCCCCGCAGUCAUCGGUCUCGUGCUUCCCUUGACCCUCUACCUUACUCUGAAGCCUCACGACAAACUAAGCCACGGGUACCAUCUUCAAAUGUGCCUGCACUCCCACCUGGUUGUCCAGGCCCUUCUCGCUAUUAUUUUGACUGCCAUGGGAAUGCGCUUUGUAUACAUAUGCCUUAUGGCUAUGAUCUUCUAUGGAGGAGCUCUUCUAAUUAAUCUGCUAAGCACACUUCAUGAUCGUGGUAACUAUUGGGCUCUGAUUGUAAUGUGUCUGCAGGUGCUGCCAUUCUGUUACUUCUGUUACAUUUUCUAUAUACUGCUCGUGGUGUAUUUUCCGAUCACAGGAAGAAAUGGCAUUGGUUCGAACCCAGAUAUCAUGAUAGCCUUAAUAUGUGGUGGUGCGACCCUUUUUACUCUAGGAUUUAUUGCUCAAUUCAUUAAUGCUUUCCGAUGGCCGAAGCUGAUACUCUUUGGCUUGGGAGUGAUAACUUUUAUUUUCAGCAUGAUUGCUGUGUCGGAGGUGGGCUUCCCGUAUCGCGCCAAGACCCAUGUGAUGCGAUUUAAUUUUAUGGAUACUCAUCGCAUGUUCUACGAGUACAAUGGGACAAUGAGUCACAGCGAUUUCGGUUACUACUUCUCCUACCAGGAUAGACGUGGAUUAAGUCCUCUGCAGGACUCAAACGUUGAUCUUACGGGGAUAGUGUCCAUGGAGGAAUUCUGUGAUGACUAUGUAAUGUGCGGAGCACCUUGUUAUUAUUCCUGUGGCGGACGAAGAAGAGCUCGCUGGCUCCCUCGGGAGUCGGGAAUUCAAAUGCCAGGCGAAGUUAUCCUAGAGUUUUUAGGAAAGACUGUCUCUGAGGCGAACAAAACCGUUCGAUUUAAUUUCGAACUCACGGGACCUUCCCAAAUGAAUAUUUUCAUUCAGCCAGUGGGUGAGGCCAAGGUAACAGACUGGUCCUUUCUUCAGGAUAUUCGGGAAAGAUAUCAGCCACCUUACCAUAUCUUCUUUUCCUACGGAAUAGAUAAUAGUCCAUUCAAGUUUUUUGUGGAAUUGACGAAUUCCGAUUUGGAUUAUAAUGUUCCCGUCUUGGAGAUUGCAGUUGUGGGACAUUUUGCCAGUCCGGAGUACACUAGGGAUGCAAAUGUUCUUAAGUUUAUAGCGGAGUUACCAGACUUUGUUGAUGUGAUGGAAUGGCCUGCUCAAUUUAAGCGCUAUAUAUUCUAAGUCUCUAAACUUCAUUCAGAAAAGCAGUACAUACCUUCAC